GCAUGAGUCUAUCCAUUUUUCUGUACUGUCAGCCAACAAUUCGGCUUCUGAGGGAUUUCAGAAGAUCCUGUCACUUUGAAGCUUGUGGAUGCCGACCGCACGGACUGGCAGGGGGGAAGAUAACAGAUACUACUGACUCGUUGAUAAACCUGGAACACGAUAAGAUAAAGCUGACGGUCGCUGGAUAAAUACAGCUGAAGCUGGAUAAAUGAAGCGGCAGAUAGAUAGGCAGACAGACAGACAGAAAGGAUGAAUUGCAGCAGUGACACGUAGAAAUGCGACUCCGUGACUGGAUGCGACCCGUGAGUGCAACCUGCCUUAUGUAAGCCUCACGUGCGGGGGAGGUUGGCGUUCCUUCCCCAAAUCGUUUCGUUGUUGUCUACAACCUCAACUUCAAUUCCCCAACGUUUCUCGCCCCUCGUCGUGUCCCCCUCGCUCCUUCUGCUCCCGCGGUCAUUGCAGGGCGUGUUCAUCGCGAUAGAGCGUCACGGCGGGAUGAGCUCGUGUCCUGCAGUCUGGGAUUCGGCCAAUGCACGCCUGUUCCCCUGCGCCAUCCCCCUUGCUGCGGCCGUCCCGGCCCUCACAAUUGCUUUUUUGGCGUUGCGACUGCUGCUGGCCCCGUGUGUGGCCGCCUGGCGUCCACAAUGGACGCGUCCGUUCGUUUCGGAGGAGCAGCAUCGUCAUCAUGCGCUAGGGGCCUCGGAGCUGCCCCCGCCAGAGUCUGCGAGACAGUCCGGACAUCUCUGGGUCCUGCUGUUAUUUAUUGUUUCUAAUGUCGGGGCGGCAGCGAAACUUUCCCAGGUGGUGGGGGUGGGCCGUGAUUCUGCAGCGAUUUUGCUUUUUGCGUCAUGGAUCGUUGCAGUGGUAUGCAUUGCAGUCCAACAGCCACGGUCAUGCCCGUCAUCAUUGCUCACUUUCUUCGUUGCUGCACUCGUUGUUGAGCUGGCGAGCGUGGUGAAUCAGGGGGCGUUCCCCAAGUUGCUGAUAACCACUCACUAUGUCACCAUUGCGGCGGCCGCUGUGGCCUGUCUGCUAAUCGCGUUGAUGCCUUUUCGGUCUUCGCUGCUCCCUACGGAUGGUAUCAGUCCCGUGGGCAAACAGCCCUCGAGUGAGCUCCGAAGUCCGGAGGAUAAUUUGAGACUUUGGCAGUUCCUAACCGUUUCGUGGAUGGCGCCACUCAUCUCGACUGGGAAAUCCCGACAACUCAACGAAGAGGAUGUAUGGACGCUGGGAUUCGACUUUCAGCAUAGUCGCCUGCACCGUCAGUUCCGACAACUCAAGGGGUCGGUUCUCGUCCGUCUACUGCAGGCCAACGCUAUCGACAUUGUGAUCAUCUCCGUGGUCGCCAUCGUCCAGAUGCUGUGUGACUUUUCGACACCCGUCUUGCUGCAACAGCUCCUCCUGGCAAUGCAGGAUCCGCUUUCCCCUAGGCGCGUCGCUAUGACAUACGCCGUGUUGACCCUCGUUCUGCGCCUUGUCAUUGCCCAGACACAGGUUUUCAACCUCUGGUACGGUCGGCGCUGCUACGAGCGCAGUCGUGGCGAGUUGAUCAUGAUGGUCUACGAGAAAGCUCUCGCCCGCAAGAACAUUAUCGGUUCAGAGACAACCGACGACAAAGCUCAAGAUGUCACCCAUGCGCCUCCAUUAUCGGACGAACUGGACGAGCUGGACGACUUCCCGCCUGCCAAACAGAGAAAUUGCUUCUGCAGCUGGAUUCCCUGGGGACGCAAAUCACAACAACCCAAACAAUCCAAACCAUCCCCGAAUGAGGCCGCUUCGAUGGGCAAGAUAUUCAACCUGCUACGUGCUGACGUCUACGAGGUCGCACAGCGAUUCUGGGAGAUAGACGCCCUCAUCGACAAGCCUAUUGGGCUGAUCAUUGUCACCGCUUUUGUCUGGCAGCUGUUCGGUCCCUCAUGUCUCCUGGGCGUCGUUGCCAUCCUGGUUGCUCAGGUGCUCAACGUCGUUUUGACUCGGAUCUUGACUCAUUGGGUACGUGUCCUCCGUACCGCCACCGACGCCCGCCUGCAGAUUUCUUCGCAGUUCGUCGAGGCCAUCCGUCACCUGCGGUGGUAUGGUUGGCAAGACCACUGGCUGCGCCAGGUCAUGGCGGCGCGCCAGCACGAAUUGCACCUUCGCAUCGUGACUACAAUGUGGGGUAUUCUGGUGCGGUUUGUCAACGCCUUCGCCAGCGGCCUGUUCCCCGUCAUCGCCCUUUACGCCUACACGGUGCUCGCCGGCCAUCCGCUGCGGAUCGACCUUAUCUUUCCUGCCCUGCAGCUCUUUACCAUGCUCGAAACCCGUCUCCGCGAGAUUCCAGAUUUGAUUUUGGUCUUGAUCAAUGCCUCCGUCGCCAUGGGUCGUAUCGAAGACUUCAUGGGCGAGCCGGACAAGGAAAAACUUGACGGUGCUCCUCCCACCGCCGCGCCGCCACAAUUGGAGCUGGAAUCUUGCUCCUGGGCCUGGCCCGGACGUACCUCGCCUAUCUUGACCGAUGUUAGCCUCAAGAUUUCCCCGGGCUUGACCGUCGUCUUUGGGAAAGUGGGUGCGGGCAAGACCGCUUUCCUGCAAGCCUUGCUCGGCGAGCUUGACCGGUUGAAUGGAGUCGCUCACGUUCCUAAUGAGAUGGUCGGAUACUGUGCACAGAUUCCCUGGUUACAGAGUAUGAGCAUCCGCGAUAACAUCCUCUUCUCCGCUCCCUAUGAUGAAGCCCGCUACAAACAAGUCCUUGACGCCUGUGCUUUGCUUCCCGAUCUGUCAACCUUCACCCAUGGUGACCUCUCCUUUGUGGGGGAGAACGGCAUCGGCCUUUCUGGUGGGCAGAAAGCACGCGUCGCUCUAGCAAGAGCCAUGUACAGUAUGGCUCGUGUCCUCUAUCUUGAUGACCCAAUUUCCGCCCUCGACCACAACACGGCCGAAUCGCUGAUUCGCAAGUGCUUCACCGGUCCGUUGAUGCGCGGACGUACCGUCGUACUCGUCACCCAUCGCGUCGCGUUGGUGCGAUCCCUGGCUGAUCAGAUGAUCGAAAUCGAAAAUGGCCAUGUUCGCGUGCUUGAAAGAGCCGCUCAAACCACCCUUGAGGAGGAUGAUGAUGAUGAUGAUGAUGAUAACAGCAGUGAUGAUAGCGACCUCGCUCAGGAAGACCAGGCAGACGCGGCACUGGUUGACGAAGCCACCGCCGUGCCCGACAAGUUUAUCGAGGAGGAACACCGCGCGGAAUUCGGCGUCAAGGCUCGUGUCUACUGGACUUAUAUCCGGGCCGGUCAGUAUAAAUGGUGGAUAAUUCUUGUCAUCGUUCUUGCCAUCUAUCGCACUGCCGCUGUCGCGCAAUCCUGGUUUCUGAAGGAAUGGGGUGAGGCAUACGGUCCUGUUGUUUCCCUUGCAGCCUUACUCGAUGCCUCUCCUUUUAGCCGUCAGCAGCAGCAACAACAACAGCAACUAGGAUCCGGCCCCUCCUGGACCAUCUCUGUCUUCACCAUGAUGGAUGCACCCUGGACCAGUAUUCCCAACCCCUUCCGCCAGCUGCCCUCACCGGACGAGAACGUUCGCCCGUGGUUGUGGAUCUUCCUGGCUAUCACCACCUUUCAAUCCGUCAUGCUGCUCGUUGCAUCGCUCUUCAUGUUGGUCAUUGUCUACUGUGCGGGGCGCACCCUCUUCCGCCAGGUCAUGCUGCACGUCAGCCAAGCCAGCUUCCGUUUCUUCGACGUAACGCCCGUCGGACGACUGAUGAACCGACUGACUUCGGAUAUCAGCGUCGUGGACGGUAACAUUAGCGAGCAGUUUCAGCGUCUGGCUUUCCAGCUCAUCACCUGGAUCUCGGCCAUCGUUGUCAUCGCCUCGGUGACACCCUCCUUUCUUCUCUGCACGCUGCUGUUUAGCGGUGCCUUUAUCUACGUCUUCCGACUCUUCCUUCCCACCUCUCAGAGCCUGCGAAGACUGGAGAUGGUCUCUUUGAGCCCGCUCCUGUCGAACUUUGGCGAAUUAUUGCACGGCCUCGGUACCGUUCGCGCCUUCCGCGCCCAGGAGCGGUUCCAGGACCGCGUCAUCGCUGUCGUCGAUCGUUUCCAGGGUAUGGAUCAUUUUUACUGGUCGCUACAGAGCUGGCUCUCUUACCGGUCCGAGACCCUGUCGGCGCUUUCCAUCUUUUGCCUUACCGUUCUGGCCCUGUACACGGACCUGUCACCUGGCUUGGUGGCCUUUGUGUUGAUUGCAGGCAAUAAUUUUGUCACCGCCACCCAUUCCAUUUGCAAGCAGUACGGUCAGCUGCAGAUGGACUUCGUUUCCGUGGAGCGCGUGGAUGAGCUCCUGCACAUUGAUCAGGAGCCCUCCGGCACUAUCGACCCCCCGGCGGCCUGGCCGAGAUUCGGCAGCGAUAUCGUCUUUGAGGAUGUGACGAUGCGGUACGCACCUCACCUGGACCCUUCCCUGCGCAACGUCUCUCUCCGUAUUCCAGGCGGCUCGACGACAGCUGUCAUGGGUCGCACGGGGAGCGGGAAGUCCACCUUGGCCGUCUCCCUUCUCAGCGUCCUUCGGCCCUCGGGCGGCCGUAUCCUUAUCGACGGGCUUGAUAUCUCUGAAGUCCGCACGCAGGUCCUCCGUACCCGCGUUACUUUUGUCGCUCAGGAGCCCGUCCUUUUCCCGGGCAGCAUCCGACACAAUCUCGACCCAACGGCUGAGUAUUCUGAUGAAGAGUGUCAAGCAGUCCUUCAUCGAGUCUGCCACCGUCACGGAUGGACGCUUGAUACGCCUGUGGAGGCUGGAGGGCGCAACCUGAGUCAGGGUCAACGUCAACUGAUUGGACUGACACGGGCGGUGCUGCGACGCAGCGCGAUCGUGAUUCUGGACGAGGCUACCGCAUCCAUCGAUCAUGAAACCUCGCUUGAGAUCCAGCAGAUCGUCCGCGAGGAGCUGCAGCAGUCCACGGUGAUCACCAUCGCUCACCGGCUCGAGGCUGUCAAGGACGCCACUUACUACGUCGUCCUGGACAAGGGACAGGUCUCGGAGCACGGGCCUGCCACAUCCACUGCGGAUCAGUAGUAAUUAUAAUAGAGUAGAAUUGUUGUAUUUUGGAACUAUAUACAUAUUGAGGGCAUCCUCUCUUUACUCAGUACAUUUUGAACAUGGGAACGGAGUAAAAACCAGACUCCUCUCAACAAUAACUGAAACGAAUCCAUCUCGGCUAUCACCGCGAGUCCCAUUAAUUGAUGGUUGGGUACCUACUGCCUGGCAAACCAUGUCCU